UUUGUCAAUAUCAUCACAACAAAUACAGCAACCAACUGCCUUACAAAUAAAACAAGAACCAUUACAACAACAAUUGCAAUCUAUUGCAACAGCAGCAUCAGCGGCACUAACACAAUUACCACCCCAACCAAUUCAACCUUCACAACCUUCACAACCUUCACAACCUUCACAACCUUCACAACCUUCACAACCUUCACAACCUUCACAACCUUCACAACCUUCACAACCUUCACAACCUUCACAACCUUCACAACCUUCACAACCUUCACAACCUUCACAACCUUCACAACAACCAACUACAGCACUACCAACCCAAGACGAACAAAUAGCAUCACAAGAAUCACAACAACCAAACGAAAUUAUGGAUUUAGACGAAAAUAUUAAAUUAGAUGAGGAAAUUAAAAUUGAAAUACCUGACAAUUUAUUAAUAUUAGGUAAUAAAAUAGAGUUCCAACCAAUAAAUAUAUCAAGCAAAUUCAAAAGUAUUUUAAAUAAUUUUAUUGAAAAAAUACCAAAACUUUCAACCCAACAACAAAUUGAAACUACCAAUUCAUUUAUAAGCUAUUUAUUUCAAGUAUUAAAACCAGAAUUUGAAAAUAUUAACUCACCAUACUCCUAUUUUUUUAAUUUCCAAGUUAUCCAUCAUCUUUUUAGAGCAUGCUUCCUUCCACAACCAUCAUUACCAUCACAAUAUCCAAUCAAUGAACAACUUUUUACAAUAAUUAAAGAACUUUAUAAAUUAGCACCUUCAAUAGGUUUUAAAAUAAUUAUUUGGUCCUUAGUCAAUUCUAAAGGUGGUUUACAAAUUACAAAUAAUGGGUGCACAUAUAUUUAUCCAGAUAUUGAAUGUGAUAAUACACUACAAGAUAAUAACAAAAUAGAUAAUAAAAAUAAUAAUAGCAAUCAUAUAGCAAAUGGAAAUAAUGGAAAUGAAAUUAAUCAUACAACUGUAUCAGUAAAGAUUGAAAAUGAAGCAAACAAUAGUACCAAUAAUAGUAAUAACAAUAGCAAUAAUAAUAUUAUAUCCAUCGAAGAAGAAUCAACUUAUAAAAUUGAAAAAUUAUUAGAAUCGGUUCAAGACAACAAUUUAAACAACAAGAAUUUAUUAUCUGGAUAUAUCAAAUUUAAACAGAGUAUAAUAGGUGGUGAAUUUUCUCCCAGCAGGUUUGUUGAUCAACUUUUAAUCGAUUGCCAAGAAGCCCAGAAUGAAGGUAUAUUCAAUUUCCUUGUGCCAAUAUUGUAUAAAUUUUUACCAAAUUAUUUGGUAGGAAAUAGCGAAUUCCUCUAUUUUACGAUCAGUAAUAUAACACCAAGACAGCAUUUUAGAAUUUGUAAUAAAAUAUCAAUGGGCGAUUUUAGGGUUUUUGGUAACGAAAUUAAAACUCUCUUUGAUCAAUCAUUCAAAUGGGAAUCAUUUGAACAAAACUAUAUGUGGCAAAUGUUAAUCUCUGAAGAUUCAGUUCAUAGUGGUUUAAUAGUCAAAGAAUAUGCCUAUAUCAUUAGUAAACUGGAUGCCUAUUUAAAUUGUGAAGUUUUACAAAAUCUAACAACUGUAUUAAAAGAAACAAAAUUUUAUGAUCAAUCCAUUUUUACCGAAACUCUUUUAUUAGACAGCUAUUUUUACAUUUUUACUUUUAAUUUAUUCACUUUUUGGUUAAAAAAUAAUACAACCCAAACUUUGAAUUAUAUAAAUAAUAUUUUGGAUAUUUAUUUAAAUAACAAUAAUAAUGAAACUAAUAAUAAUAAUAAUAAUAAUAACAACAAUAAUAAUAAUAAUAACAUUAGUUUAAAAAAUAUUAGAAGGCUGGUCGAAAAAAUUCUUUAUUAUUAUAAUAUAUUUUUAAAGAAAUAUAAUGAAGAAAAAAUAAAAUGGAGCGAUUUAAUCGAUUAUGAAAGAGUUUUAAAAAUAUUUUUAAAAACCACAAAUUCCAAUUUAAUCCCAAAAUAUUCAAAUCUUUUCGGCCUAAUUUCAACAAACACAGCAGCAGCAUCACCACAAACCAAUCCAUCGCCAUUACCGACACCAAAUAAAUACAAUACAGAAAUUUAUAAUGAAAAUCCAAAGAAAAGAUUUAAAAAAGAUUAA